CUCAAGGCUCCGGGUUGGCUGGACGCCCACGGCAGGGUCAGGUGGGUGGGGAGACUUAAACUCAGUGCCCCGGUGGCUGAGGAAGGAGGGUGACAAUGGGACCAGGGAGGCUGACGUGUGUGCUGGUCUUGGCGCUUAUGCCUGCUACGGGGUCCCGGCCGCAGGAACAGCUACCCAGGGAGUCCCACAGCCUCAACUGGAACAAGUUUUCAGGGUUCUGCUACAUUCUGGCUAUCACCUCUGAGGGCCAGAGAUUCUUGCCAGGCAGAGACAGGAGGAAGCUGGGGGCACUGAGGGUGGUGGUCCACAAAGCGGGCCAGCUGAAGGUGGUCCUUGCCUUCAGCCGGUCACAGGGGUGCCAGUCACACACGUUAAUUCUGCGGAAAGAUAGGAAAAAGGCGAUGUUCAGGAAUACUUGUGCGUAUGAAGGCCUGGGGCCUGGAGAGAAAGACCUGGGGGUGGGCGGGGUCGAGGGCUUCCACGUGCUGUCCACCGACUACAGCUACGGUGUGGUCUACGUGCGCCUGGGCCGGGCCGGCCGGACCUCUAAGACCCUGCUGCUCCUCAGUGAGUCCAGCGGCAACAUCUGGGGAGGGGGCGUGCGGGGUGCAGCACCCUGGCUUCUCUGUCCUGCCAGCUCGGAGGGCGCUGCGGUGGCCACGGGCUCGGGGACGGCCCCAGAGGGCCAGAGCUGGGGACUCUGA